AGCCGGCGGAGGGCGGGGAAGGCCCCGGGGAGGGCCCCGGCCCCGGCCCGCCCCCGGCGCCGCCGCGGGAAGAGGCGGGGGCUGGCAGCAGCCGCAGCGGGAGCGGCGCUGCGAGCGGAGCCGCCGGAGCUGCUCGGUCUGAGCUUUGCAGUUGAACACCAUGAACGCCAGCGGCCCCGGCUACCCGUUAGCCUCUCUGUACGUGGGGGACCUCCACCCAGACGUGACCGAAGCCAUGCUCUACGAGAAGUUCUCGCCCGCCGGGCCCAUCAUGUCCAUCCGAGUCUGCCGGGACGUUGCCACGCGCCGAUCGCUGGGCUAUGCCUACAUAAACUUCCAGCAGCCGGCGGAUGCUGAGCGAGCCCUGGACACCAUGAAUUUCGAGGUGAUCAAAGGCCGGCCCAUCCGAAUCAUGUGGUCCCAGCGAGACCCCGGGCUCAGGAAGUCAGGGGUCGGAAAUGUAUUUAUCAAGAACCUGGAUGACUCCAUUGAUAACAAAGCCCUGUACGACACGUUCUCGGCCUUUGGGAACAUCCUGUCCUGCAAGGUGGUCUGUGAUGAAAACGGAUCCCGUGGCUAUGGCUUUGUUCACUUUGAGACUCAGGAGGCAGCAACUCGGGCCAUCGAGACCAUGAACGGGAUGCUGCUCAACGACCGCAAGGUGUUUGUUGGCCACUUCAAAUCCCGCAAAGAGCGCGACGCAGAGUUUGGGGCUAGGGCGACGGAGUUCACCAACGUCUACAUCAAGAACUUCGGGGAUGACAUGGAUGAUGACAGACUGCGGGAAAUAUUCUCCAAGUUUGGAAAGACUCUGAGCGUCAAAGUCAUGAUGGACAGCUCCGGCCGCUCGAAGGGCUUUGGGUUUGUGAACUUUGAGAAGCACGAAGAAGCCCAGAAGGCCGUGGCCGACAUGAACGGCAAGGAGAUCAACGGGCGGGUGGUGUACGUGGGCCGGGCACAGAAGCGGCUGGAGCGGCAGAGCGAGCUGAAACGGAAAUUUGAGCAGAUCAAGCAGGAGCGAGUGAGCAGGUACCAGGGGGUCAACCUGUACGUGAAGAACCUGGACGAUGGGAUAGACGACGAGCGGCUGAGGAAGGAGUUCUCUCCCUACGGCACCAUCACCAGUGCAAAGGUGAUGACAGAGGGUGGCCACAGCAAAGGGUUUGGCUUUGUAUGUUUUUCCUCUCCAGAAGAGGCUACCAAGGCCGUGACCGAAAUGAACGGGCGGAUCGUCAGCACUAAGCCUCUCUACGUUGCCCUCGCACAAAGGAAAGAGGAGCGGAAAGCAAUUCUCACCAACCAGUACAUGCAGCGAUUAGCUACCAUGAGGGCCCUGCCCGGCCCUCUCCUUGGCUCCUUCCAGCCCCCCCCGGGGUACUUCCUACCCCCCAUCCCUCAGCCACAAACCAGAGCUACUUUCUACAGCCCCAGCCCAGUUGUCCCCGUCCGCCCCGCCACUCGCUGGAGUGCGCAGCCCUCCCGGCCUCCCCCGUAUCCUUCAGCCACCCCCAUCCUGAGAGCUGCCGUGCAGCCCCGGCGCCUGCUGUCCAACAUCAGCACCAUGAGACAGGCGUCCACCCAAGUGCCUCGCGUGUCCCCCCAGGCCCAGAGAGUGGCCAACAUAGGGACGCAGACGGUCAGUGCCCGGGUGCCCUCCUCGCCCACCCUGCCGCGGGGCGCCCCGCAGUACAAGUACUCGCCGGCCGUGAGGAACAUCCAGCCGCUGGGCAGCGUGCCUCCCGGGGCCCCGCAGGUGGGAGAACCCGCUGUGCACGUCCAGGGGCAGGAGCCGCUGACAGCAUCCAUGCUUGCAGCAGCCCCUCCUCAGGAGCAGAAGCAGAUGAUAGGUGAGCGCCUCUACCCGCUGAUCCACGCGAUGCACGCCUCGCUGGCUGGCAAGAUCACGGGGAUGCUGCUGGAGAUCGACAACUCGGAGCUGCUGCUCCUCCUGGAGUCCCCCGACUCCCUGCACUCCAAGAUCGAGGAAGCUGUGGCUGUUCUCCAGGCGCACCAGGCCACUGAGACAUCGCACAAGGGCGGCGCGGCGGCGUUCCUGCAGUGAGCCCAGGAUUGGGAGCGAGUCCUGAGAACAUUGCCUUGGCAGAACAACAGCAGCCACCUCGCCGUGCUUCUGGAAUUAUGGCCAUAGAGUGACACUGGUCUGUCUUCAAUGCCCCAUCCCGUUUUCUUGUGUGUAUUGUAAACCUUGCUGCUUCCUCCCUGCACCUGUAUAAAAGUUCCAAAGUUAAUUCUCUUCUCUUCUGAAAGUGUCUUGUGAAAUGUAGUGUGGAACCCAGCCCGGUUCAGUUGCCCAGGAAAUGCCAAGUGCAGAUGAAUCAUCCUUUUAGAGAACUCACUGGGUUCUGUAGUUUUAUUUGUUACUGUAGCUGACACUAAUAAAGAACUGAUGCUUCCACCCCCCA